GGUAUCUGGCCUUGGCAGGUUGGAACCAUCAUAGGGGAGAAAGGCCCUGAGCCUCUGAGAAAGGCCUUAGGGGGACCUGCAUUGUGAUGACCACAUCAACUAUGACAUCAUCCUCUCUCCCAUCCUUCACUCCUCCCUGAUCAGCUGCUCUGCAAACAACCAUCAGUCUGAAUCCCAACGGCCUGAGAAAGUCUUUUCUCCAGUACCUGCUGCUGAUCUUCUGCCAAAGCCUGCAAGAAGCACCAUGAAAUUGAUAUUCACUGAGAAAAACUAUGACAGCUUCCUGCUGCAGAAACUGAAUGAACAGAGGAAACGCAAAGAGUACUGGGACAUGGCCCUGACUGUGAACCACCAUGUCUUCUUUGCACAUCGCAUUGUGCUGGCUGCUGUCUCUUCAGUAGUGAAGAACAUCAUCUCUGCAAAUGAUGUGAAGACCACCGAUGAGCUCUUUAUCACCAUUGACCCCAACUACCUGAGUCCGGCCACCGUGGACCAGCUCCUGGACUACUUCUACAGCGGCAAGGUGGUGAUCUCGGAGCAGAACGUGGAGGAGCUCCUUCGUGGGGCCCAGUAUUUCAACACACCGCGCCUUCAAAUCCACUGCAAUGACUUCCUGAUUAAGUCCAUCCGCCGUGCCAACUGCUUGCACUAUCUCAUCUUGGCUGAGUUGUUUGGGCUCAAAGAGGUAUCAGACUUGGCCUACAAUGGCAUUCGUGACAACUUCCACUACUGGGCCAGUGCUGAGGGUUCCAUGCAGCCUGAGAGCUUCAUGCGCUGCCCACCUGUCAUCUUUGGCCGCCUGCUUCAAGAUGAAAACUUGCAUUUGCUCAAUGAGGACCAGGCUCUCAGCGCACUUAUCAAUUGGGUGUACUUCCGCAAGGAUGAGCGGGAGAAGUAUUUCAAGAAGUUCUUCUCUUACAUCAAUCUCAAUGCCGUCUCCAAUAAGACGCUGAUGUUUGCCAGCAACAAGUUGAUGGGCAUGAAGAACAACUCGGCCCACGCAACCCUGAUUGAGAGUGUCCUUGUGGAACGAAAGCAGGAGAGGCCAUCCAGCCUGCUGAGCUACCAGCGGAAAGGGGCCUUGCUUGAUUCGGUGGUCAUCCUAGGUGGCCAAAAGGCCCAUGGCAAGUACAACAGUGGAGUGUUUGCCUAUAUCAUCCAGGAGAACUUGUGGUUGAAGCUCUCAGAGAUGCCCUAUCGGGCAGCAGCACUUAGUGCCACCUCUACUGGUCGCUACAUCUAUGUCUCUGGUGGCACCAAUGAGCAAAUUACAGGGCUGAAGACCGCUUGGCGGUAUGACAUGGAUGACAACUCCUGGACCAAGUUGCCUGACCUGCCCAUUGGGCUUGUCUUCCACACCAUGGUGACCUGUGGGGGGACAGUGUACUCAGUGGGUGGGAGCAUUGCCCCAAGGCGGUAUGUCUCUAAUAUCUAUUGUUAUGAUGAGCGCAAGGAGGCCUGGUGCCUGGCAGGGAAGAUGAGCAUCCCUAUGGAUGCCACAGCCGUGAUCACCAAGGGUGACCAGAACCUGUACAUUGUCACUGGGCGGUGCUUGGUGAAGGGCUACAUCUCCCGAGUCGGGGUGGUGGACUGUUUUGACACCAACACUGGGGAGGUGGUCCAGAGUAUCACCUUCCCCAUUGAGUUCAGCCACCGGCCCCUGCUGUCUUUCCAUCAGGACAACAUCCUCUGUGUGCACAGCCACCGGCAGAGCAUGGAAAUUAACCUGCAGAAGAUAAAGGCCAACAAGAUGACCACGUCAGUGCCUCUCUUGCCCAACAACUGCCCCCUAGAUGUGUCCCAUGCUAUAUGCUCCAUUGGAGAUGGCAGGGUGUUUGUAUGUGGGGGUGUCACCAGAGCCAGUGAUGUUCAGAAAAGGGACUACACCAUCAAUCCAAACGCAUACUUGCUGGACCAAAAGACAGGCAAGUGGAAGACCCUGGCUCCCCCACCGGAGCCACUGGACUGUCCCGCCUGCUGUCUAGCCAAGCUACCUUGCAAGGUUCUUCAAAGGAAUUAAACCACUUUUUAGUUGGGAGAAUAAGUAAAUGCAUUAUUAUUCACAAUUUAAUGAGAGAGAGAAAGAGAGGAAGAUGGCCUGUGGGUUCCUU